AUGGCCGAUAAACAUAAAGCAUAUAUAGACGAUCUAUAUUCCGAGGUGCCAAUAUCGUGGCUUCAACGCAAGGACAAUAAGCAGCUGUGUUAUUGGCCGCCACGGACAAUAAAUGCUAAACCUUUGAUAACCAACUAUACAAAUCCGAAUGUAGAAAGUUGGAAUCUAUAUGAAGUUGACGUCAUAAAAUACUGCACAUCUUUAGAAUCUGCAAGAAAAAGUGCAGCUGACUCCAAUUAUGAAACAACUGAUGAAGAUAGGCUGGGACGUGGUAAAAGACAACGCAUUUCAUAUAAUCGAUUUAGCAGUGAAGAAGAGGAAAAUGAUGUACCGCAAUCAUGUAAAACUUAUAAGAGGAAAGCAAACAGUAUGAAUAAAAUUUCUGCUAUUCCAGCCUGUCCGGACAAUUUAAGAUUAAACAAUAAUAAUGAAAACAAUGUAAAUGAUAUGAAUGACUUUCCACUUUCACAAUCUUAUGAAAAAAGGAAGAGUUCAUGCACAAAUCCCAGUUCAAAUUCUGAACCCAGUGAGAAAAUAAAUAUUUCUCAAUUGCCCAUAAUAUUAGAAGACGGUGCUCCAUUAUCUGCUCCAUUUGAAGGAAUGAGAGGAUGUCUAGAGGACUCGAAUAUGAAAAUAAACAGAAACCUGAAAGAAAUAUUACGUUCCCAAGCCACAUCGAAUUUAAUAUUGCAAGAUAUAAAAGAACGAAUGCAUCGAAUUGAAGAUGUUAUGAGAAAUCAAGCUCCGGUUUUAACGAAGAGCAGCGAGGAUAGUCUUAUUGCUGAACUAUUACCCUUACAAACGAUAGAAGCCAUACGUAAUUUUGAUUUGCUGUUGCACAACACCAACGAAGCAGUGACGCAAUUUAAACAAUUUCUGUUAAGGAUUGGUGGAAAUAAUCCUCGCGAUAUUAUUCAUCGCAUUCUUUCCAAAAUAUUUUCCAACGAAUGUGCGAUAAAUUGUUCAUGGAAAGGCAUCCGUAAUAAUUUUAAAGUCUCCAACUUAUAUUUUAUUAAAAUUGUGAAAAGAGAAAUUAUUUUUAAACAUUUAAAUUUCACGGAAGUUGAAUUUGAUAAUAUAGCAGCAGAAUGGCUACGUUUUGCCAAACAACGAAAACAGAGACAAGAUAAAGGAAAAGAUGUCGAACGUGAACAAAUUGAUGAAAGUAAUUAAGAAAAGUCUUAUAGUACAAAAUCUUUAUAAGCAUAAAUAAGUUAAAGUAUAUUUAUUUUAGUUUUG